AUGAAAAGCGGCAGCACCAGCAGCAACAAUAACAGUAGCAGCAGCAGCAGCAGCGAAGAAUGUGACCAGGGGCCUGUGGAAGUCUUGCUGUGUGCAUGUAGGUACUUUGCAUUCUCUAGAAGGGAGAUAAGAGCAGGCCAUUGGUCUGCUGCUGCUGCGCUGCUGCUGCCUCUCACCCCGCUGCUUCAGCCGCUGCUGUCCCUUCCGUGGGCCCCGCAGCUUCAAAGCGAAGCAGCAGCCGCAGCAGCCGCAGCAGCAGCAGCCGCAGAUGCGAAGGCACCCUCUUGGACAUGCGUCGCAGCAAGUGCAGCAGUUCAGCAAGAAGUAGUGGAGGUGCUUGACUCGGACAGCGAAGGCAACAGCAGCAGUGGCAGCAGCAGCAACAACUGCAGCCGCAGCAGCAACAGCAACAGCAGUAACACCAACGUGCCUAAAUCGUCUUUGCCGCUGAGGGCUUCCCCAUGGAAAGACUCUUCAUCAAGUGAAGCCGCACCAGCAACACCAGCGACUUUAAGUACAGCAAUAACUGCAGCAGCAGCAGCAGCAGCAGCAGCAUCGCAGCAACGUGCAAAAAGGGGCCCUGUAAGCGACCUUGCAAGCACACCCCCCCGGAAGCUUGCUCGCGCUGCAGACGCGGAGCGACGGCAGCAGCAGGAGCAGCAGCAGCAGCCGCAGCAGGAGCAGCAGCAGCUGCUGCUGCAGAGGGCCUGCCUUACUGAAACACGGCGAACUCCACGAACUCAUCUAGGGGGAGCGAGCUCGCCCUUUGGGGGCUCUGCUGCAGCGCAGCAAAACUGCCGAGCUUCUCCAUUUGCUGCCUCCCCUUUUGCCCGCACCCCAUCGGCAGCGCCGGGAGCAGCAGCAGCAGCAGCAGCAGCGGCAGCAGCAACAGCUGCGGCGCUGUCUCUUGGAAGCCGCAGGACAAACACCCCCAUUUUACACAGACGACUCACAGCAGCAGCAGCGGCUGCAGCAGGUGCUGCUGCUGCUUCUGCUGCUGCCUCUCCGUUUGCAUGUGCCAAAGGCACUCCCCUCAGGGCCACAAACCUCCGCAGCAACACAAGCCAAGGUGCAGCAGCAACAGCAGCAGCAGCAAGCAGUGCCAAGUCUGUAGCGCUGCAUGUACACACGUACGCAGUCCUCAUCAGUUUGCUGCAGACUGCAGCAGUGGGGCUUCAGCAGCUGGAGGUAGCAGCAGCAGCAGCAGAGCAGCUACUUCAGCAGCUGCUGCUUUCCUGCAAAGUUGAAGUUUUAGACUACGUGGUUUUUUGCAUUGCCGCUGCUUACAAGCCCCAUAUACGACAGCAGCAGCAACAGCAGAAGUACAUGCUGCAGCAGCAGCAGCAACAGCAACAGCAGUUUGAUGGAGAUAUGAUGGGCACAGUAGCUCCUCUAGUUCUGGAAAUUAGGGAGAUUAUCCGCAUUUCCAUAAGUGCGAAGCUGCAGCUGCACUUGCGGCAGUUGCAGCAGCAGCAGCAACAACAACAGCACCUUCAGCAGCACAAAUCCGAACGAAGCAAAGAAAGCGACGAAGCAGUCAUUGACUGCGAUGCACCGUUGGACUGCAGCAGCAGCGGCAUCAUCACGAACAGCAGCAGCAGCAACAACAGCGGCGCGAGCUGCAGCAGAAGCAGCAGCAGCAGUAUCUCUUGCAGCCCUUUUGUGGCUGCUAGCUGCGUCUCAGCCACGGCAGCUGCGCAAGGAGCGGCAGCAGGUGCAGCAGCAGCAGCUGCUGAAGCAGCAAAAGUGUGGCCCCUUUGGGGCGGCUCGAAUGAGCUGCUGCUGCGCCUCUCCGGCAGCAAUGCACGCAGCGCAGCGCGCGAGGCUUCUGCUGCAGCUUCUGCAACCAGCUACGAGCAGCAGCUGCAGCAGCAGCAGCAGCAGCAGCUGCAGCAACAGGACGAUGAGUCUAGCUUGUGGCUGUCCCGCCUGCUUUGCCUUGAGUGGCUUGUGCUGCAGCAACACAUGCUAGAAGAGGCCCUGCAGCACACAGCAGCAGCCCCGGCAAAGCACCUGGAUAGGCUGCUGCCAAUUGUGCUGCUGGGUGCAGCUCUGCAGCAGCAGCAACCUCAGCGCCUGUACGCUGCUGCUUCUGCUUUUACUGCUGAUGCCCUCAGUCGGCUACAAGCUCUGUGCAGUAGCAGGUACAGCAACAGCAGCAGCAGCAGCAGCACCGGCAGCAGGACGUCUUCGGCUCCGCUGCACUCGAACAGAGAGCAGCUGCAACAGCAGCAGCAACGGGCGGUGCUGCUGCAGCUGCUGGAAUGGAUUAACACGGAAGCUGCAGCAUCUUUGGGACACUUCAGCUGCUGUUUCUCCCGUGUUGCCGCCUUUGCGUGGCAGCGCGGCGCAGCGCUGCAGCAGCAACAGCAGCAGCAGCAGCAGCAACGUCGUUGUUCCCAACACCUCGCUGAGCUGCGGUCCCCCGUGCAGCUUCAACAGCAGCAGCAGCAGCAACAAAGCGAGCAGCAACAACGGCAGCAGGAGUGCUCGUGUGGUGCAUGCGAGAGCGCGUCUGCUGCUGCAGCACCAGGGGGCUGCACGUGGCAGCGCGCUGUGCUCCUGCUGCUGCUGCAGCAGAUCCAUUGCGCAGGCCAUUGUUCUAUUAACUGGCUGCAGUCAACCGCUGCUCUAGCAGACCGUGUGCUAUCGCUGCUGCCUUCGUCAUCACUGCAGCAGCAGCAGCAGCAGCUGGGCACCGCUGCUGCUGUUGCUGCCUUCCGAUUCCCAUUUAGCAGCUGCAGCAAUGAGCUACCUUCCCCUGCAGCAAACUGCGCUGCGCCACAGCCUGCAGCAGAAGCAGCAGCAAAUUUACUAUCCGAGGCCAAUUUUUCUGGUUUUGCGUUCUUUCAAGAGGCCCUUAGCGGAGAGCAGCUGCUGCAGCAGCAGCAACAGUCGCUGCUGCUGUGGUUGCGCGCGUCAGUUGGCUCCGCGCUCUCUUCGGCCCUCCUUUUCAGCUGGCCAGACAGCAGCAGCAGCAGCAACAGCAACAGCAGCAGCAGCAGCGACAGCAGAAGCGCCGGUGACGGCAGCUUCUCUGAGGCAACUGCUGCGACUGCUGCUGCAGCUUCUACGCCGCCUGACAUUAAGCGCAGCAGCGGUGCGCCUUCCCAAUGCUGCUGCUGCUGCUGCUGCUGCAAGCCUUGGGUUCCCCUUGCCACUUGUGUAGAGGAGGAGCCAAAAGCUCCAGCAGCUGCGGCAGCAACAGCAGCGGCAGCAGCAGCAACAGCAGCAGCAGUCUCGCGUCCGCUGCAGCUGCUGCGGCUGCAGCAACAGCUGAUAACGGAACAGCACCAGCAUGUCUACUGCAGCCUGUGCUGGUGGGCUGCAGCAGCACGCAGAACGUGGCGGGCCAAGAGGGCAGCGCGCGCAGCAUUUUGUGCUUUGCUGCUGGCACUGCAGCAGGAGCAGCAGCAGCGGCAGCAGCUACUGCAGGCGCGUGAGUUUCUCGCGGCAUUUGACCCCGAUGCUGCUGCUUCUGACGCUGCCUCCCCUUUUGCUUCAAAGGCUACCAGCAGCAGCAGGGGAGUGCAGCAGGCUGCUGCUGACGAGCUUCUGCAGUGGCUACUGGGUUGUUGCGCCGCGGUGGCAGCAACAGCAGCAGCAGUACGGAGUGCAGCGACUGCCGCCGCAGCACCAGCAGCAGCAGCAGCAGCAGCAGCAACUGCAGGGCCUGACAUUUCAAGGACUGAAUUCCUUUCCAGUCCGCGGACUUUCUGCCGCUACAUUGGCGCAGCAGCAGCCCCUGGAUCAGCAGCAGCAGCAGCUACACCACCCUCCGCAGCAGCAGAAACAACGGGGCAAGCAGCAGGCGAAGACUUUGCUUCUCCCUUGGCUGGUACAGCACGCGCAGCAGCAGCAGCAGCAGCAGCAGCAUCAAAAGGCCCUGAAGGGCCUGCGCUUUUCCUGCCUCCUUUAGUUGAUUUGCUGCAGCUUGCCGGCGACCUCAGCGCAGCAGCAAUAGCUACUGAAGACUACCUGCUGCAGCUGGACGUCUUGUCACUCUCUGCUGCAGCGUUGCUGCCCUUCUGGCAGGCUGCUGCCUUUGGCUGGCAGCAGCAGCUCUCCCCCCCGCUGCUGCUGCAGCAGCAGCAGCAAGACACCGAGAGCCUGAUUACGGAAUAUGAGGAAUGCCGCAGCGAAGCAGACAACCAAUUUGCUGCUGCAUGCAUUCUUUUGGGGCUAAGCCGCGCCAUUUGUGCUGCUGCUUCUGCUGCUGCUGACGGAGGUGGCAGCAGCAGCAGCGCCUCUGCUGCAGCAACCCUACCUGCUGCUGCUGCUGCUUCGGGGUGGCUUGAGACUGGAGUGCAGCUGCUGAAAAGUUGGGCAAACCUGCAGGUGAGUCGGCUGCUACCCCUUGCAGCAGCUGUCGACGCUGCUACCACUAGCAGCAGCAGCAGCAGCAGCACAGUGAAAGACCUCCGCCGGGCUCUGGAAGCAGCAGAAAAGAAAUAUCUGAGUCACAAGUGCGGAGGCAGCAGCAGUGCGGAUGGCGGCAAAGCCGGAGAUCGAGUUGCUGCUGCUGCUGCUGCUGCCCACGCCGUUGCAGCUACCAGCAGCAGCUAUGAAGGCGGCACUCUGCUGGCUCUUUCUGCUGCCCACUUUAUCAUGAUGCAUGCGCAUGCAGCAGCAGCAGCCAUGGAGGCGGCAGACAGCAACGAAGUCUCGGCCAUUUCAUUACGUUGUGCUGUCGCGGAUGAGUUGCUGCUGCUCCAGUUGUCUGGCCAUCUGCAGCGGAAGCAGCAGCCGCAACAGGGCGUUCCACCUCAGCAGCAGCAGCAGCAGCGCGUUUUUCUUCUGACACUGCAACAAGUCGAAUGCGUGCUGCUUGCAGCAGCGCCUUUGCAGCAGCAGCAGCAGCAACAACAACAAAAGCAAUGUGCAGUGGCGCAAGAGGCGCUGCCGAUCCUGCUGCUGCCGCAGCGGUGGCUGCCUGCAGAAGCCCCUGUGGCGGUGGCUCGCUUCCUGCAGCAGCUGCUGCUCGUGCCGCCGCAGCAACACGAGCAGCAGCUGCAGCAGCAACCGCAGCAGGAGCAGCAAAAGCAGCAGGAUCAGCAGCAGCAACUGCUUUCGGUGCUACGAGAGGCUCCACAACUGCAGCAGCUUUUACAAGACUCAGGUGACAGAGCCUCAGCAGCAGCAGCAAGAAGUGGAGCGGAGGCAGCAUCGACAGCAGCAGCACCACCACCACCACAAAAAGCGGCCCUGCCUGUAUGCAACAGCAGCCCGUUGCGCAUUUGGGGGGCAUCUGCCGCUCUUGGCGAGGCAGCAGCAGCCGCAGCAGCAGCAGCAACAGCAAUGUUGUCUGCAGUUGCUUGCAGCAGCAGAGGGCUCGCCGUUGUGCCACUGUCCCGCAGUCUGCUUCCCCGGCCGCUGAUAUCCAGAGGCUGCAGCAGAAGCAGCAGAAGCAGCAGCAGCAGCAGCAGCCAGUGGCCAGGGCCCCCGGGGGCCUUCAGACUGCAGAAAUCCCUGGAGGCCCCCAGGGGCCUCAGAGUCCCCUUAAGCCCGGGGCCCUUCGUGGCUGGGCACUGGCCAUUUGGGGACAUUUCGUCGUUUGCUGCAUCUACUUUGCUGCUGCAGCAGCAGCAGCAGCGGGCAGCUCUGUGGGCCGCAGCAACCCUGGGACAGAUGGCAGCAGACAGCAGCACCGCCUGCGACUUGCUGCUGGCCACGCUGCAGCAGUGCUGCUGCUCCUCCCACUCUUUGCUGCCAGCGCUGCGCCUCGCAAAUGCCCUUCUCGUGCUGCUGCUGCAGCAGGGAUACCCAGCUUUAGAUGCUGCUGCAGCGCAACUCGAAAUGCAGCAGCAGCAGCAGCAGCACCAACAGCGGCAGCAGCGGCAGCGCCAGCCAGGCUUCUUCAGCUGGGACCAAACGCACUACCUCACAGCCAGGCAGCCCUUGUUGCAGGCAGCAGCAGCAGCAGCAGCACCAGCAGCACCAGCAGCAGCAACAGCAGGAACACCAGCAACACAAAAUACGGCUGGGCAGCAGCAGCGACAGCUACAGCUGUGGUCUCCUUCCCACACUCCUCCUCAGUGCCACUUGCAGCUGCAGCAGCAGCAGCAGCAACACGCGCUGCUGGUAUGUUUGCUGAAGUGCUGCCUUGCCGCGCACGACGCUCUACGCUGCAUUUCUGGCCCUCAUGAUGGGCUGCAGCCGCGGCAGCAGCAGCAGCAGCAGAAGCAAAGAGAGUUCGAGUCUUCAUGGGAUAAGUUGAUCCCCUUAGCAGACAGAGCCGCAUGGCUUUCCUUUCUGGCUACUGCGACUGCAGCUAGCAGCAACAUCUGCAGCAGCGGCUACAAGGAGGCCCAAUGGGAGGACAGCAGCAGCAGCAUGAGCAGCAGCAACAGCAGCGGCAGCAGCAGCACAAGCUGCCAGACCGCCUGCUGCUCCCCGUUGCUGCAAGCUUCACCGAUCUGCAGCAGAGAGCCUUCUGUCCUUUUAGGCAGCGCAGCUGCAGCAGCAGGAGCGGCAGACAAAGCAGCUUCGCCUGCUGCCCCAGCAGCAGAAACGCAUGCAGCAGCAGCAGCAGCAGCAGCAGCAGAUUGCGCAGCAGCAGAUGCAAAGAGCUCCCUCAGGGCUGCGGGCAUUCCAGUGGGGGCUCCCCACUUAGCAGCACUUGCUGACAUCUUGCCUCCUCAAGCAGCUGUUAUGAAGGGUCUUCUGCAGCUGCACGAGCAGCUGAAAAGGGUCCGGCAGCGACUGCAACAGCAGCAGCAGCAGCAGCAACAGCCGCAGCAGCGGCAGCAGCAGGAGCCAGGGUGGGGGGCCUUGGCUGCGGCAAGUGAGCAGACCUUCAUCGGCGUUUGGACUCUGUCCGUGCUUCAGUGCUGCAGCAAUGAGCAGCAGCAGCAGCAGCAGCAGGUGCAGCAGCAGCAUGUGCAGCAGCAGCAGCACACAAAGUGGGUGCGGAUGCUCUGUGGCUUCGCCCUAGAAAGGCUUUGUGGCCCGCAGCCUGCUGGUGGGCUGUGUAAGGUGCUCUUGGCCCUGUGCGAGCUGCUGCGUCUCCAGCAGCAGCAGCAGCGGCAGAAGCAGCAGCAACAGCAGCAGCUGCAGCACCGAGGCCAGCAGACACAGCAGGAGCAACAGCUGAGACGAACAGCUCAGCAGCAGCAGCACCGGCAGCAGCAAAAUGAGAACGCGCAGCCGCAGCCACAGCAACUUGGCAGCCCGCGCCUUGCUGAGGACUGCAGCAGCAGCAAAUUUAUCUCCCCGCACAAACACAGUUCCAGCAGCAGCAGCAGCAAGCGCUGCUGCUGCAGCUGCUGGCACUGCAUGCUUGCUGCCUUAGCGACCUUGCUGCAGUGGGCAGAAGCCGUGACGGACUCAUCUCCUGCUUCUGCGGCUGCUGCAGCAGCUGCGCUGGCUCACUCGGCUGCUGUGCUGCAGCAGCUGUUUUUGAACGCAUGCGCUGGGCUUCUCGCGCAGCAGCAGCACGAGCAGCAGCGGCAGCAGCUGCUGCUGCCAAACGACCCUCCUCCAGCACAGGCUGCUGCGAGCCGUAACGCCUCCAACCUACACAGAGCAGCAGGAAUGCAGCAGCUGCUGCUGCGGCUGCUGGCAGCAGCAACAGCAGCAACAGCAGCAGUGACGGCUGGGGAUGUGUUGCUGCUCCGCCGAGCAGCAAACUGCUGCAUCGACUGCCUUUCUGAGAUUGAGUCUGGGCUGCUUGCUCUAGAGGUUGCAGCAACAGCAGCGGCAAAGCCUGCUGCUGCUGCUGGUGCUGCAGCAGCUGCUGCUGCUGCUUCACCUCGACUUAAUGCGGUUACCCGGCAGCCUGCUAGUGACGGCUGUGGUGCUGCUGCUCUGUUUAACACAAGUCAGCCAAAUGAACUUUUGAGAGUUGUUUGCGGCAAGGUGCUGCUGCUGCUGCUGCCCUUUUGCUGCUGCCCUGCUGCUGCUGUGCGGCAGCAGCAGAGAGCUCUGGAGAGGCAGCUAGGCGCAGUGCCUUGCCGCUCCCCUCUGCUGCUGCUGCAGAUCUCUUCUCGCCUUUUGCUACUACUUGGCCCGCGUCAGCAGCAGCUGGAGGCGCUGCCGCGAGAGCCAGUAGAGGCGCAGCAGCAGCAGCAGCCGCAGCAGGAGCAAGAAGAACAGUGGCCAUGUCUGGGGCAAGGCGGCCUUUGCCUUACGGCCUGGCAGCAGCAGCAGCAAGCUGCUGCUGGCAGCAGCAGCUGCUUCCUUUUAGCAUCAGCUGACCUGGAGUGUCUCUCCACCUGCCGGGCCUUCCCCAAGCCCCUUGUCAGAGCCCUAGCAGCAGCAGCAGCAGCAGCAACAGCAGCAACAGCAGCAAAAGGGACAAAGCUUCCCUGUGCAUCUGCAGCAGCUGCUUCUGAAGAUCAGCUCAACUGCAAAGAUGCUGCACAUGUCUUUUUUUGGGACUGCAACUCAAACAACGCAGCGUUACAUUUGCUGCUUCGCCCACAGCAGCAGCAGCAGCACCAGCAGCAGCAGCAGGAGCAGGAGCGUGCAUCCCCUUUCACCUCUUCUGCUGCAAAUGCACGUGCCUCCUCGCUUUUGUGCAGCAGCAGCUGCAGCAAGCCAUCCCUGCUGCAGCUGCUGCGGCAGCAGCAGUGGCUGCAGUGGUGCAUAGCUGUGGCCUCAGGGAGGGCAGCACAGCUCUCCAGCUCGCUGCCGCAGCAGCAGCAGCCGCAUCAGCAGCAGCGGCAGCAAAUUCGCCAGCAGCAGAGGCAACAGCCGCACCAAGAAGAGCUGCAGCAGGAGCAGCAAGAAACAGGAAUGGUUAAUGCUGCAGCUGCCGCCGUAGUUGCUGCUGUUGACUGCGCUGAUAACGGAAGAGCAGCGCGAGAUACAGCAGCAGCAGAAGCAGCAGCAGCAGCAGCAGCGCCGUCUCAACAGCAACAGCAAGAUCGACUUGCUUUCUUACAGAAUUGGUGGGAAGAGCGGUGGCUACUAGAGAAACGCAGCGAGGAGUGGCAGCAGCAGCUUCUGCUGCUGCUGGGGCCCUCUGUUCUGCUGCUGCAGGGCUGGCCCCUGCUGCCGCUGCAGGACGUCCGCCAUCUACCAACCAGCGUUGCUGCAGCAGCAGCAGAGGAGCAGCGGAUGCCGACAGCAGCAGCAGCAGCGGCAGCGACUGCUGCUGCUGCUGCCAAUGUGGAACUGAAGCAUCGAGCCGCAGCAGCAGCAACAGUUCAAGAUGCUGCGCUGCUGCAGAGGCUCGAAGCUCCUGUUUCGCUCAUUCUUCGCUGGCUAAAAGGGUGGUCCGGCGAAGCCUCCACGAGGCAGCAGCAGCAGCAGCAGCAGCAGCAGCACGAGCCGAUCCCUGACUGGUUAGUCUGCACAUGCGGCGACUUGAACGGAGGAACAGCAGCAAGCAGCAGCCCGCCGUGCCCAGCAGCCAAGCAGCAGCAGCAGCAGCAGAAACCCCUUCUGCGGCCCCUAAGAGAGUGGGCUGCCCACCCUGCUGCUGCUGCUGCUGCUGCUGUGCUGCCAGCCCUGGCUGCAGCUUGCUGCAGCUUGUGCUGCACAGCAACACUCUCCAUACAAGCACACGAAGAUGAGCGCUUGUGGGCCUUCGCCAUUCUGCAGCACCACAGGGCGGUAUCCAGAGACUUCCACUCACACCUGCUGCAGCAGCAGCAGCAGCAACAACUGCAGCAACAACAGCAGCAGCAGCAGCAGCAACAACAACAGCUUGCCUUUGAGUUAUACGGGGAGGAAGACAUCGAGCAAGCGCUGCAGCGCAAACUCCCGCCUCAUCCGCACGCCCAGCCUGGUAGGGAAAGUGAAGCAGCGGCAGCAGCAACACCAGCAGCAGCAACAGCAGCAGCAGCAGUUACUGCUGCUGCUGCUGCUUCUGCAGGCGCACAGGCGGCUCACACUUCUUCAAAAUCAUUGAGAAGAGCAGCCGCAGCAGCAGCAGCAGCGCGACUCGGCACGCCAAGUCGACAAGGAUCCACCAACACGACAGCAUUAACGGCAGCAGCAGCAGCAGCAAGAGCAGCAAGUGCUGCUGCCUUGACGCCGAAAAGCAGCAAAUCACAAAGCACUAUUUGUGCUGCUGCUGCAGUGGCAGCUGGUUGCCUCAUGGGCAGCAGUCCGUUCUCUGCCGCCGCGGCCGCAGCAGCAGCAGCAAGAUCAGGGCGAAGGCGCCCCCGUGCACAGCAGCACCAGCAACACCAACGACAGCAGCAGCAGCAAGAGCAGCAACAGCAGCAGCAGCAGCAGCGUGGACCUACGGCUGAUGAACAGGAAUUGACAAUGAGGUUCAGAGAAGAAAUGCUGCAAAUAGAAGGCGGCUGCCUGUGUCUUUCCCUGGAGGCUUUGGGGCUGCUGCUGCUGCGUAUUCUUUCCCCCGUGCUGCAGCCAGCAGCAGCAGCAGCAGCUGCUGCUGCGCUGUUGCAGCCAUCCUACCUUAGUGUGCCACUUCACCAGCAGCAGAAUACGAUAGCCUUGCUGCGGCAGCUGGCCGCCAGCUUCCUCUGCUGCGUUGUCUUGAGGCUGCAGGCU